CCGAGGGCGUUGGGAGCGUUGGAGCGUUGGGAGCAUGAAUGGUGUUUCUAUGCGGUGUAUGGUUUCGGUGACGAAGGGAGGGGGGCGCAUGAGCGCUCUCGCCCGCCUUGCAUAUACGCACGGACAGUAAGCAGCUGGAGCACACAGAGCACGGAGAAGGAGCGAGUUCUGAGAGAGGGAGGGAGGGAGAGAGAAAGAGAGAGGCGGGAGGAAGAAGCAGGGGGCCAUGGCGAUGCGGCGCACCAUCGCCGCGGCCUUGCGGGGCGCGCGUCUGGUACAGGUAGCUACGGGAGAGGGGKCGGCGGCGGCGUCGUCUUCGCGCGCCCUCCGCGGACGGUUGCACACCAGCGCUGGCGGCGGCGCGGCACGGGCGAAUGCCGCCCGCACGAGUGGCGUGGCUAUUGCGCGCAAGGUGGCGGCGGGUUCUCUCCGCCCCAGGGUCUGCGGAGGCCUCGCAGGCGGGUGCAGGAGCUAUGCCGCGGAAGCGACGGCGGGCGUGCCCACGGACGAGUUCACUGGCGCGGGCAGCAUCGGCGCUAUCACCCAGGUCAUCGGUGCCGUGGUGGACGUGAAGUUCGACGUGGGCCUGCCCCCGAUCCUCACAGCCUUGGAAGUGCAAGAACACGACAUCCGUCUCGUCCUGGAGGUCGCUCAGCAUGUGGGCGAGAAAACCGUCAGGUGCAUUGCUAUGGACGCCACAGACGGCCUCGUCCGCGGCCAGAAAGUCCUCAAUACAGGUAUGCCAAUCAAGAUUCCCGUCGGCAGGGCCACCCUGGGCCGAAUUAUGAACGUCAUUGGCGAACCCAUUGACGAAAAGGGUCCCAUCGAUAAGACGCACAUGCUUCCAAUCCAUCGCUCCGCGCCGGAGUUCGUCGACCAGGGCGUCGAGCAGGAGAUUCUCGUUACUGGUAUCAAGGUCGUGGACCUUCUUGCCCCUUAUCAGAGGGGAGGAAAGAUUGGUCUCUUCGGCGGCGCGGGCGUCGGCAAGACUGUGCUGAUCAUGGAGCUCAUUAACAACGUCGCCAAGGGGCACGGUGGUUUCUCGGUGUUCGCUGGCGUGGGCGAGAGAACCAGGGAGGGCAACGACUUGUACAAGGAAAUGAUUGAAGGCGGCGUCAUUAAGCUAGGCGACCAGCAGUCGGAGAGCAAGGUGUCCCUUGUGUACGGGCAGAUGAACGAGCCACCAGGCGCACGUGCACGUGUGGGAUUGACCGGCUUGACGGUUGCUGAGCAUUUCCGCGACAACGAGGGGCAGGACGUGCUGCUCUUCGUUGACAACAUUUUCCGCUUCACGCAGGCGAACUCCGAGGUGUCCGCUCUCCUAGGCCGUAUCCCUUCCGCCGUGGGGUACCAGCCCACUCUUGCCACGGACUUGGGAGGAUUGCAGGAGCGUAUCACGACGACGAAGAAGGGUUCGAUUACGUCCGUGCAGGCCAUCUACGUGCCAGCCGACGAUUUGACGGAUCCGGCGCCUGCGACGACCUUUGCUCACUUGGACGCCACUACUGUGUUGUCUCGGCAGAUUUCUGAGCUGGGAAUUUAUCCCGCCGUCGAUCCUCUUGAUUCCACGUCGCGUAUGCUCUCCCCUCUUCUGCUGGGAGAGGAACAUUACGCUGUCACCCGUGGUGUCCAGAAGGUUCUUCAAGAUUACAAGAAUCUUCAGGAUAUCAUUGCCAUUUUGGGUAUGGACGAGUUGAGUGAGGACGACAAGUUGACGGUGGCGCGCGCUAGGAAAAUCCAACGGUUCUUGAGCCAGCCGUUCCACGUGGCGGAGGUCUUCACGGGCUCUCCCGGCAAAUACGUCGACCUUCAGGAGAAUGUCAAGAGCUUCAAGGAUGUGUUGGCUGGUAAGUACGAUGACUUGCCAGAGCAGGCAUUCUACAUGGUUGGCGGUAUCGAGGAGGUCAUUGCCAAGGCGGAGAAGCUCGCCGCGGAGUUGUAAGAGGGAGACUCUCAUCAUGGGUAGGUGGUGGAUGGAUGAAUGCGUGGAGCGAUGGAUGGACUCUAAAGGGUGGGUGGGGUUUGCUGGGAGGAGGGUGGGUUGGGCCCGCUUGUCGAUGCAAGAGGAUUGAAUUGCAUGUAUCCUUUUCAUCCUUCCUUUAUGUUAUGUCAUGUUGACUUCUGCUGACAGGUAUCCGACGAACCCUUGGCUAGCAGUCCUCCCCGGUAAUUGGUCGGUCAGUUGUUGGCACGAUUUGGCGGCGCGAAGUAGAUUGAAAUUGAAAUGAAUGGGAAUGGCUAGGUUCUCUCCGGUUCUGUGGAGAGAGGGAGAAGGGGGGGGGAGAGAGAGAGAGAGAGAGAGAAGAGAGAGAGAGAGAGAGAGAGAGGGGGGGGGGGGGGGGGGGGGGGGGGUUGAGAAGAAGGGUUUGAGGACGGGGAUGGGGUUGGUGUCGUCAACAUUAUCGUUCACAUUCUUUACCCAUAAUGUAUGUAGGAUGAGGCGGAGUCCUGACGUACACGUCUGACGUGGCGCGGCGCUGCUGAGAGAAGAAAAAAAGGAUUAUGAAUUACGCUGUCCAUAGUUAUUACGCUGCUCUGCUGGAUGAUUGUGUUUCCAAGUGGGUAGGCGGCGAGGUGGGGCUGCUGCUUCCUCGAAACGCGGGACUGAAUGUGGGAAUGAACGCGGGACUGGACGUGCAUUCAGGUCGCCAGUCCAUUGUUAGGAAUAUAUAUGUAUGUAAGAAGAAGAGUAGUGGUGAGGUAAAUGGGUAGAGGGCGAGAGCGCUUUUGGCCCACUGUUUGGAAGGGGGAGGCCGGUCGCUUCGCGAGAGAAGGGAGAGGGUGUGGCGUGAUUGUUGAGAGCGGGGGGACAGGCGAGUAAUUGGGGCUGGGCGGGAGGUGGAGGUGGUCUCCCUUCUUCCACCUCUUCAGGGAGAGCUCGGUUGGUGUAUCUUACCUUGUUUUGUGGCGAGGAGGGUGAUUCCUCCUGUCUGUUGAUUUCUCGCACGAUGAAUAAGGGUAUGGAGCGGGUGAGGAGCUGGUAGUGUUAAGUACUCGGCGACGAUAAAUGACAUAUAUAUAUAUACGAUCAUGGUCUGCUUUUGUUGGAAACAACAGCAGCUCGGAGAUGUCCUAUCCAAUGAAUAGCUUCUUCCUAUUCUUAACCUACUUUACAUCAGCCAGCCAUCAGGAUGGACGUUGUGAGAUGUAGAAUGUUUUCGGUUUUUAUCUGAUUGUUAUUACCAAUCGAGUUGCUUCUUGUGACUUAACUUUUUCUCAAAUCAGCCGUCAAGAUGGAAUUCGCCUCACACACACACACACACAGAGAGAGAGAGAGAGAGAGAGAGAGAGAGAGAGAGAGAGAGAGAGAGAGAGAGAGAGAGAGAGAGAUUACAGGAAAGUUGUAAAUGGUGGUGGUUGAAGGUGGCUCGCGGUGCGCAAUGAAAGUAAUGACACAAGAUUGAUUGGAUGCGGCGUUCUUACUUUUUCACACUUUUGGCCGUCGAAAUUUUUCGUUCUUCUGGAUUAUUUACGUUUGGGUGUAGUUUCGUGUGCUGCUGGGUAACAAGACUAAAUUUAAGAUUCAGGUUGUCUAUCUGGUGAGAGAGACAUCGAUCUCCCAUGUUCUUUCGGAUCUCACAGAAGUGAAUUUUUUCAGCAUUGCUUCUUCUUCGUCGUUUCCCCGAGGCGUCCUCUCUGAAAAUGUCUUUUCUCACUCUAUCUAAUGAUUCCGACGAACGUUCGUCCCCAUCUCUCUCUGCAGGUCAUGCGUGAAAUUAACCCCCCGGCACCCCCCCACACCUGUCCGUUGUGUAAUAUUGAAUC